UCCCACUCGGUGCAGACCGAACCAUCGCGGCCGCCGCUAGCCGGGGCCCUCCACGGCCGCGCGUCCUGGGCCCGCUCGGCCGGCCCGGUCCACUCUCUGCCCGUGGCCCCGCGGAGGCGGCUGCGAGGACUGGGCGACCCUUGCAGCCCGCGAUCGGCCCUCCAGAAGCGCCGGCGGCCCGGAUCCCAGCCCUCGCGGGCCCCGACUCUCCCUCCCCGCCAUCCCUGGGAACCUGGCUCCCGGCUCGGGCUGCACCGCCCGGGACCGGGGAGCGCGGCCGAGAAAUCCCCAAUUGGACACCUAUCCUGUUCGUUUCCCGUCUUGAAUUGGAAGUUAGCAACACUCUCUGAGGCCUGAGAGGAAAACAAAUGAUACUUCCUGCUGCAGCGAGUACUUUAAGAAAGGAAGGAUUCCCGUGACUUCUGCCUGCCAGCCCUGAAGUACUCAUUCCUUUCAACUCUGCCUGCAGUGGAACACAAAGACCUGGAGGAAACUCCCACAUCCUCGAGGAGGAGAAAGGAGGCGGCGAAGCAGAUUAAAGGCACUCGUGGCUCGUGGCCUUUUUUGUACCAGGGCUGCCUGGACGGCGGGGGAAAGUGAGUGGCAAGCCACAGUGGCGGUGAAUGGGCUGUGAGAUGAGGCGCUGCCGCCGCUGCUGCUGCCGCUGCCGCUGCCGCUGACACUCAGGUUCCAGGGUCCGUCCGCUGCCCUUUGUGCUUCGUGUACAUGAGUCUACCCAGCGCAGCCGGAGGCGCCCAGCAGAGAAUCCAACACGGCCGCCGGGGAGAGACCACCCGCCAUGCCCACGGAGACCCUACAGACAGGUAGCAUGGUGAAGCCGGUCAGCCCCGCGGGCACCUUCACCUCGGCGGUGCCCCUGCGCAUCCUCAACAAAGGGCCCGACUACUUCCGCCGGCAGGCGGAGCCGAACCCCAAAAGACUCAGCGCCGUGGAGAGGCUGGAGGCCGACAAGGCCAAGUAUGUCAAGAGCCAGGAGGUCAUCAACGCCAAGCAGGAGCCGGUGAAGCCCGCCGUGCUGGCCAAGCCCCCCGUGUGCCCCGGCGCCAAGCGCGCGCUGGGCAGCCCCACGCUCCGAGUGUUCGGGCCCAGCGCCAAGACCGAGGGCGGCGUGCACCGGGAGACCCUGAAGCUCGAGAUCCUGAAGAACAUCAUCAACAGCUCGGAGGGCUCCAGCGCAGGCUCCGGGCACAAGCACAGCUCCCGAAACUGGCCUCCGCACCGGCCCGACGCCACCGACCUGCACCGGCACUCCUUCGCCGAGUCCCUGAAGGUCUACCCCACGCAGGGCCGCGGCAGCCCGCAGGAGAGCAGCUCCCACGUGGGCAGGAGGCUGCUGGAGCAGACCGCCGAGUCCUUCCUGCACGUCUCCCACAGCUCCUCGGACAUCCGCAAAGUGACCAGUGGGAAGCCCUUGAAAGCGAUCCCCUGCAGUAGUUCCGCCCCUCCCCUGCCUCCCAAGCCCAAGGUUGCGGCCAUCGCCCCCAUCAAGUCCCCCGAAGGCGACCCCGUGGAACCAGCCUGCGGAGUCAGCCGGAGACCCUCCCUCCAGCGGUCCAAGUCGGACUUGAGUGACAGGUAUUUCCGCGUGGACGCGGACGUGGAGAGGUUCUUCAACUACUGCGGACUGGACCCCGAAGAGCUGGAAAACCUUGGGAUGGAAAACUUUGCCAGGGCUAAUUCGGACAUCAUCUCCCUCAACUUCCGCAGUGCGAGCAUGAUCAGCUCAGACUGCGAACAGUCUCAGGACAGUAACAGUGACCUUAGAAACGAUGACAGUGCCAAUGACCGGGUGCCGUAUGGCAUUUCUGCGAUCGAAAGAAACGCUAGGAUCAUCAAGUGGUUAUAUAGCAUCAAACAAGCUAGAGAGUCACAGAAGGUCUCCCACGUGUAAGAGACCGCGCGCGUGUGCGAAGGAGGGAGAGGGGUGGGUCUCUUUGUCUGUGCAUCCGCAGUUGUGAAGGUCGUGAGGUCUCCUUGAAGUGUUGUGAGCUUCUCCACUCUCUUUGUGUUGCUUGUUGUGCAAUGUCUUCAAGUUGCAUGCCUGUCCACAAGGGGGACUGACCUGGCGCCCCGGUCAACCAUCGCUGCAGAGCCUGGCUGAACACGCGUCACCUGCCAAAAAAAGUUUCGGGCCAGAAUCGGAUUUAGGGCUUUGAUCUCAAGCAAAACUGUUUACACAUGAAAACGGUAUACAACUUCUUCAAUAUAUUUAUGUGGUUCCUGUGUUUUAUAUCCCGCGCUAUUGUGUCUUAAUUAAAAGUUUUAUCAACUGG